AUGCUGUACAUCAGCGACCCGAUGCAGCAUUAUACCACGUCCCAGUUUAAUUUGCUCAACAACAGCAUGGAUCAGAGCAUCGGCAGCAGAGCAGCCUCCACCAGCCCCUACAGCUCCGAGCACACCUCCAAUGUCCCCACGCACUCGCCCUACUCGCAGCCCAGCUCAACCUUCGACGCCAUGUCCCCAGCUCCCGUCAUCCCCUCCAACACUGACUACCCGGGUCCCCACCACUUCGAGGUGACCUUCCAGCAAUCCAGCACAGCCAAGUCGGCCACCUGGACAUACUCCCCCCUGCUGAAGAAACUCUACUGUCAGAUCGCCAAGACAUGCCCCAUCCAGAUCAAGGUGUCCACCCCGCCGCCCCCGGGCACCAUCAUCCGGGCCAUGCCCGUCUACAAGAAGGCCGAGCACGUCACAGAGGUGGUGAAACGCUGCCCCAACCACGAGCUGGGCCGAGACUUCAACGACGGCCAGUCAGCCCCAGCCAGCCACCUCAUCCGGGUGGAGGGCAACAACCUCUCCCAGUACGUGGACGACCCCGUGACGGGACGGCAGAGCGUGAUGGUGCCCUACGAGCCCCCGCAGGUGGGCACCGAGUUCACCACCAUCCUCUACAACUUCAUGUGCAACAGCAGCUGCGUGGGAGGAAUGAACAGGAGACCCAUCCUCAUCAUCAUCACCCUGGAGAUGAGAGAUGGCCAAGUCCUAGGAAGGAGGUCGUUUGAGGGACGGAUCUGUGCCUGUCCGGGCAGGGACCGGAAGGCCGAUGAAGACCAUUACCGAGAGCAGCAAGCCCUGAAUGAGAGCGCAGCUAAAAACGGCAACGCCAACAAACGCACGUUCAAACAGAGCCCCCAGGGGAUCCCAGCACUGGGGACUGGCAUUAAGAAACGGAGACACGGGGAGGAGGAGAUGUACUAUGUGCCUGUGCGGGGCCGGGAGAACUUCGAGAUCCUGAUGAAGAUAAAGGAGAGCCUGGAGCUGGUGGAGCUGGUCCCGCAGCAGCUGGUUGACUCCUACCGGCAGCAGCAGCAGCAGCUCUUGCAGAGGCAGAGUCAGCUGCAGACGCCUUCGUCCUACGGUCCUGUCCUCUCCCCUAUGAACAAAGCCCACGGAGGAGGAAUCAACAAGCUGCCCUCCGUCAACCAGCUGGUGGGGCAGCCACCGCAGCACAGCUCCAGCUCGGCGCCCAGCCUGGGGCCCAUGGGACCCGGAAUGCUAAACAGCCACCCCAUGCAACCCAACGGAGAAAUGAACGGGGGCCACUCGUCCCAGUCCAUGGUCUCGGGAUCACACUGCACCCCUCCUCCGCCCUACAACCCUGAUCCCAGCCUCGUCAGUUUUUUAACAGGAUUGGGGUGUCCAAACUGCAUCGACUAUUUCACCUCACAAGGGUUACAGAAUAUUUACCAUCUGCAGAACCUAUCCAUAGAGGAUCUCGGAGCACUGAAGAUCCCGGAGCAGUACAGGAUGAUCAUCUGGAGAGGUCUUCAGGAACUCAAGCAGAGCCACGACUACGGGGCCCAGCAGCUCAUCCGCUCCAGCAGCAACGCCUCCACCAUCUCCAUUGGCAGCUCCGGCGAGCUGCAGCGGCAGCGCGUGAUGGAGGCCGUGCACUUCCGCGUGCGCCACACCAUCACCAUCCCGAACCGCGGCGGGGCCGACGAGUGGGCGGACUUUGGCUUUGACCUCCCAGAUUGCAAGUCACGCAAACAGUCCAUAAAAGAGGAAUUCACGGAGGGAGAGAUCAACUGA